AUGUCCGCCGACUUCUGGGCCGGCUACAUCUCCGGCGCGGCUGGCAUCAUCCUCGGCAACCCGCUCGACGUGCUUAAGGUCCGCCUCCAAGCCGGCAUCACCACCCCGUCCCCGUCCCCGUCCUCUCCACUCACCCCUCCCUCCGCCGCGCCAUCAACAUCCCGUGCCUACAGCUAUGCCCGCCCCUUUCUCCUGGGCACAGCCGCCCCCGUUCUAGGCUACGGCGCUCUCAACGCGCUGCUCUUUGUGUCCUACAACCGCACCGAGGCCUUUCUCAACCAACUCUCCAGAUGCAACACGGGAGGCAGCACACCGCAAGACACCCAAGCCCGCGGCACCAACCUCCUCACGACCUGGCUCGCCGGCGCCGUCGGCGGCCUCGCCACCUGGGCAGUCUCCACCCCAACCGAGCUCGUCAAAUGCCGCGCCCAGCUACAAAUCCCAACCUCACCACCACCACCACCACCACCACCACACAGGCACACCCACCCAACGCCUAACCACCGCCCCCCACCUACCACCUCCACAACCACCACCUCCUCCUGGCACAUAACCAAACACCUCCUCCAACAGCACGGCCCGCGCGCCCUCUACGCCGGCGGCGCCGUCACCGCCCUGCGCGACACCAUCGGCUACGGCUUCUACUUCUGGGGCUACGAGCUCUGCUCGCGCGCCAUGCGCGGCUUCGUGCUGUCGUCCCCCACGUCUGGCGCUGCCGCUGGUACUGUUUCUGGGAUGGGGGGUGGUGAUGGUGGUGGUGGUGGUGGUGGUAAUAGUGGUGGUGGUGGGGAGGGGAUGGGGAUGGAGGCGGCGCGGGUGUUGCUGUGCGGGGGGCUGGCGGGGAUUAUUACGUGGGCGAGUAUUUUCCCGUUGGAUGUGGUCAAGACGAGGGUGCAGACGCAGUUUUUGGGCGGGGAGAGGGCGCCGCUGCUUGGGGGCGGUGGUGGUGGUGAGGGCGGGGGAAGGCCGCUCGGCGCGUGGGAGGUGGCGCGCCAGACGUACCGGGAGGGCGGGGUGCGGCCGUUCUUUAGGGGGCUGGGGGUGUGCAGCGUAAGGGCGUUUAUUGUGAAUGCUGUGCAGUGGGCGGUGUAUGAGUGGGUGAUGGCCGAGUUGGGGCAGGGGAGGAGGGAGGCGCGGGAGAGUCAGGAGGGGGGGUUUAUUGCGGUGUAG